ACAUUUUAACAACGGAAGGCGAAUGUAUCAUACUUUUAUUCUCGUUAUAUUCUUGAUCCCUGGCGACAAGAAACAUUCGGCUAAUUUGCCCAAGAUUUUUGUUUUUCUAGUUAUUUUUCGUGCGUUGCGGCUAUUUGUUCUCAUUUAUUUGUAAUCUUAUGUAAUUAAAUCAUCAGAUAAAAAUGGAUAGAAUAGUUCUUGGAGCAGGAGAUUAUGCUGUAUUUGGUGCUAUGCUGGCAGUUUCUCUAGGAAUAGGAAUAUAUUUUGGCAUACGAGACAGAAGAGCCAAACGCGGAGUGCAACAUUAUCUCAUGGGUGGAAGAAAAAUGUCUUUUUGGACAGUUGGAGUAUCACUCAGCUUUUCUGUUAUAACUCCAGCCACAAUACUUGGCAUACCUUCCGAAAUUUACAUCUUCGGCUCCAUGUUCUUUUGGAUGCUUUUAGUACCGCUGUUGGUGGGAAUAGUUGUUACUCAAAUAUAUAUUCCUUUAUAUUUUCGAGUAAGUAUCACCAGCAGCUAUGAGUACCUUCAGCUGCGGUUCAGUGCUCCUGUUCGAAUUCUUGGCACUCUUGCUUAUAUAACGCAAACGACCUUAUUCAUGGGAGUAAUGAUAUAUGCCCCGUCUUUAGCUUUUGCACAAGUUUCUGGCUUCAAUUUAUGGGCGGCAAUUUUUACCACUGGAAUUGUUUGUUCUAUUUACACAACUUUGGGAGGCCUCAAAGGGGUGAUGUUAACCCAUGUAUUUCAAGGAAUCUUGAUCAUAUUGAUCUUAAUUAUAGUCUUGUUUACGAGCGCAAGCAGCGUUGGCGGGUGGUACAAAGUUUGGUUGGCCAACUACGAAACAGAUCGUUUUACUUUCAAUGAUUUCAGCCUCGAUCCUAGAGUACGUCAUUCUGCCUGGAGCGUCACAGUGGGUUUAACAAUAAUGUGGACGAGCGUGUUCGCUACAACACAAUCACAAGUACAAAGAUUCUUAGUCUGUACAUCUUCAAAAGAUGCAAAACUAGCCAUGAUAACUUGUGCCGCGAUUGUGACUUUUGUUCUUCUGCUAUGCAUGGUUUUGGGUUGGGUCACGUACUCCUAUUUUCACAAUUGCGAUCCGUUGUCCAUGAAACAAGCGACUUCUCCUGACCAGUUGCUUCCUCUCAUGGUUUUAUGGAUGUUUCAUAGUAAUCCAGGCUUCACUGGUGCAUUCAUGGCUGCAGUGUUUGCAUGCAGUUUAAGUCCCGUUUCUGCCGGAAUAAACGCUUUGUCUUGCGUUACUGUAGAAGAUCUCAUUCGCCCUUUUGUAAAUUGGAGUGACCGCACUUUGACAAUAUCUGCAAAAGUUAUGGUUUUCUUCUACGGAAUUAUGAGCAUUGGGUUUGCUUGUCUUUCAACAAUACUUGGUAAUAUUUUGCAAACAACAUUAACCUUAUUAUCAAUCGUUGGAGGUCCCACUUUAGGGAUGUACACCCUGGGUGCUAUGUUUCCACCGGCAAACUCGUGGGGUUCUUUCUCUGGCUUUUUUGUUGGUAUAUCCUUAGUAUCGUGGAUAUAUGCUGGAAGUCGCGAUCAUCCACCACCACUCCAACAAUUUUGGAAGCCAAGACAUCUUUCAACUACCAACUGUACACUGGCAAACGACAGCCCUUUCUACAAUUCCUCUACAAUACUGUCCACCAAAAUUUCAACAAUAAGUGUUACAGAAAUCUCUUCAGCAUUUGAUAUCGUCGAUCAUUCAACAACAUCUACAUCCUCAGUGCUCCUACCUACAGUAGCUGAUGUAUAUGCCGUUUCCUACGCGUAUUAUGCUGCAAUUGGAUUUGCAGCUACUACAGUGGCCGGACUUCUGAUAAGCCUGUUAACCUGUGGACAUCGGCAUGUUGGUGAAAUUGAUCCAAAGCUAAUCGUACCUGUUUUUGAUCAUCCGUUAAUUAAAUAUUGCCUGCCAAAAGGAUUUCGCAUGAUAAUGUGGUGUGGAGUCGAUCACAAUCAAUCGAAUGCUGCUGAGGAUUCCGACCUUGAGCGUAAAUCAUCAGACCUAGAGAAGGGACACUCUAAUCCUGCCUUAGAAAUGACAGAUAAUGCGUUUGUUCCAGCCCACCUCGAGCAUUGAAAGUUAAACGAAACUAUCUGUGCAUCUAAGGAACUGCUCCAAUUUUUGAAAAUAAUAUUUGUCCACACGAGGGCAAUCUAAUGGCCAUCCAGUGAAGAUACCAUUGAAGUGUUUAUCAUUUUUAACAACUUUCUAUAUUCGUCGUCGUUAUUAUACACCAUUCUACCGAAUAAACCAAAAUUUUUUA